GGCGUGGUGUGACAAUUGGGGAUAGUUAACCCAUAAAACGGGUUGACGAGGCAUCUUAAGAAGCGCUUUGAAUUAUUUGUUUCAACCAGGCCAGCAUAGGCAAAUUCAAGUGUAUGACAUAUUGCUAACACUGGACUGAAUUAUAUUUUUAUCUGCAUUUAAGUUUCUUUUUCGUCACCGCGUGACGCAUCAGUCAGCCAUUUUUGCUUGAACAUGGCAUCCAGCGUAACUGUGGAGAAGGAAACAAUGAAGCCUGAAGAGCCUAAGCCCGAGCGUGUCGUCUGUGAUACCUGUAUGGAGGCCACCGCUGUAAAAACCUGCCUCACGUGCAUGGCGUCCUUCUGUGAGGACCAUGUAAGACCGCACAAGGAGAACCCGAUAUUUAGCACGCAUCAGCUGAGCGACCCGCUUGGAGACCUCCGCGAGCGCAUCUGCACCGACCACCACAAGUUGAUGGAGUUCUACUGCACCUAGCAUCGCCGCUGUAUUUGUAGCGUCUGUCUGCAGCAGGUGCACAAGGUGUGUCAGUUCUCCACCCCCGACGAAGAGCGAGCUUUGCAAGAGUCUAACAUGAAAAACAAACUAGGCAUGCUGGAUGGAAAAAUUGAGAAGAACCAAAAUGUCAUUUACGAGAUGAAGAUUCUACAGAGCAAGCUGAAGGACACCGCAUCGAGCAAGAAGAAGGUUCUGGAAGGUGAGUAUCGGCAGAUCCGGGAGAUGCUAGACCGGGAGGAGCGGGAGGCCCUGAACACGGUAGACCUUGAGCAGGAGAGCGGUCAGACCAAGCUGCAGGGUCUCAUGAAGAAGUUUGACCAGAACUUCGAUAAGAUGAGUGGAGCCAGAGAUGAAAUCAACAACCUCCUUAGCCAGUCUGAGAGCCUGGCCUUUCUACAGAGCCUUCAAUUAAACCUCCAAAUGUCCCUGGCAAAAAGACCACCAUCUGUAAAACGACCACCAUCAGUAAAAAGACCACUAGCUCCAAAAAGAAAUGACCAGCCAUGUAAGUUCACAAACUUGAGAAAAUACACAGUGUACAGUAGAUGUUUACUGGUAUGUGUGUGGCAGUGUAUAUGUAUUUUUUAUUAUCAUGGCAUGGUCCUCCCCGUGGAUGCCUCUCCCUCUGUGAUUUACUGUAACAGCUAUGCUCGACACCAAUCUUUCUCAAUAGCAACAAACCAGUCAGUAUUUACAAAGACCCUGUGAAGGAAUCUUUAUGGGGCACAUUCCUUCACAUUAGGGACCACAGCAGAAAACCGCUCAAGAUCCACAGUUUUAUCAUAACUUGGGGUUUGGUAACAGACAUACUGCAAAUGAGUAUGAUUUAUAAAUGCUACACCAGCUGCCAGGGACAUGUCUUCCCUGCCUCGCAUAGAUUUGCCUUCAUCUCACGUAAAAAAUAUUUGUGUGAGAAAACUGAACCCUGUUUGUUGGGCGACCUCUUGAUUCCAGUCAAACUUAGUAAAAGAGAGAACAAAAGGAUGUGUAAUAGAUAUGAAAAUAUUUAUUAUGGGCUUGUUUCCAAAUCCAGAUCAACAAUUAUCACAUUUACUUCAAGCUUUAUCUGUAAUAGCUAAUUUAAACAAACUCUCUUGUUUUAUAUCACUUCUUUUGUUUUCUGCCAUUCAGAGUAGAUUGAGGUGAAUGACUGUUAGGUGAUUGUUUUCAAUAAAAGCUCAAUUUCCC